AUGAAAUAAAUACAAUAUUUUUGUAUUUUUUUGGCAUUGCUCACUCUUUGCAGUGCUUCGUCUUUUCUAUUCUCUAAUAACUCAUAAGAUCUUAGCUACCAUCAAUAAUUAAAUGAUUUAUCUAAAAAACUUGUCGGUUAAAGAUAUAACUAGCAGAAAGAAUUCAAAUAUUUCCCUCCUUAGUUCUUUGAAAAGUAGGGUUUAUACUCAUCAAAUAUACAUGGUAAUGCUAUGGACUAAAACAAUACAUUUUUUUAUCACCUUAUUAGAGAAUAUGUUGGAUGCCCUGAUAGUAAUAUGUUUGUUACAAAUUUUGUUUUAUCUGCUUUGUUAGACUGUGCAGAACUAGGAACUAUUGAAAUAGAUUAAGACAUGUUUGAAGAAAGCAUUGACGCCAUUUUAGAAUUCAGAGAUAAAAACUAGCAAGAAGGUAUUCCAUCUUAUUCAUUCUGGUUACAAAAUAAUAAGAAUGGAACAUGGUAUUCAUACCCAUAGAACCUUCAGAAAGUAGCUUAAAUGAUCAAGAUUAUGCCUGAUUGGGUCAAAAAUAUAUUUACAAAAAUGGGACUAAAUUUUGUUACUAUUGCUGAUUAAAUUGUUGAUGCUUUUCAUCUACCUCCUGAUACAGAUGAUUCUUCAGUAAACAUAGCAUUAGGAAUAAGAAUUUUGAACUCACCUUUUAUAAGACAAUCUAUCAAAGACAAGUGGAUUAAAUCAAACCAUAAUCUUUAAGGAUACUAUCAAUUACUUAAAAAAUAUUCUUAUAAGCCUUUUGAUUCAUCCAAUUCAUCUGUUAAUACUCUCGAUGUAAGAACCUAUUUUGCCUUUCAUAACUACCUUCAAACUUUAAAUAAGACAUACAACUAUUCUGUUUUCACAACUUGGAUUAGAUCUACUGAUGACUAAAUUCCUCAAAUGAUUGAAAUUCCAGGAAACACCAAUAACUUUGAUUGCUCAGUUAUCAGCAAUAACCUAUUUGGAUUGCACAAUGUAUUACUUAACUCAAACUAGACAGUUAUUAAUGAAAUCUUUGAUGAAGAACUUUAAGGUUUGUAUUUAAAUUCUACCAACGUCAUUCUCUAUGCCAUAAAUAGUUACAUUUCUAAAACCCAUCCAGAUAUUGCGUUCCUUUACUAUCCUUCAGUUUACGACUUUUAUUGGUUUGUUGCUAGAAAUGUGCACUUACUCAACUCAAAUUAUGAUAAGAUACCAAACUAAUUAAUCAAAGUAGUUGCUGAUGCUCUUAACAAAUCUAUGAAAAACUAAGGAACUAUUUACCUUCUAAAUAACACAUUAGCAGAUAAAGAUGGAAAUCUUUACUGGUAGGAGUUCCUAGGUAUUUAUAACAAUAAGACCUAUAAUGAAGACGUAACUUUUUCUACAGUAAUGGCUCUAAAUGCUUUGAUUGAUACAUGGACAAUUUCAAAGACAGAUGAAAAUGGUAAAGUAAAAAGAAUAUUUGAUUCGUUAACACCUCAAAAUGUAACAGACACUAUCUAAAAAGGUAUGUAAACUCUAUUAAAAAAGAAUUCAUUUUCAAAUAGCAACUAAAAUGCUUUCUUUUCUGGAAGCUUCAAAUCUUUAAAUACCAUAUCUUUUUAUCCUAUGAAUGUUAAUCACUUUAUAAAUGGAACAGAAUUUGAUCCUCAUACUGCUUAGAUGGAUAUUUUACAUUAAAUAGCUGGUGUUAGAGGAGUAAUUAAUUCAGACGAAUACUAAUAAAUGUUGAAACAAAAAUGGUUUAAUCUAACUACUAUUCAGUAUUUCACUGGAUAUAGCUCCUAAUACAUAUCAUAUCCAUAUUGGUCUUCUCCUGCUAUCACUUUUAGCAUGGGUAUGUCAUUAAUAAGUAAAUAUUAAUCAAUAGAAAAUAUUUAAUCAAAUGUCUGA